ACCAGCUGAUCGAGAAAGACAAAGAUCUCAAUUCAUCCGUGACAUGUGACCGUUCUGUACGGGUGAAGUGUUCCGGGAGUUGGACCGCACUUGGACAAUAGACGGAGACCUCCUGCGCCGAAGUACACUUCAUCCCAUUGUGAAAGGAAACUCCGAUUUCGCACCUGAUUGAGUUCAGCCUCUGAUGUUGAUGCCGCUUGACCCACUGAGUUCACCCAGCGGACUGUAUUGAUGAUAUAAAAUCAAGAUUUCUACAUUGGUUUUCUUGUGAAUAAUAAAUUAAGAAGACUAUACCAAGCAUGGCCAGGAAGCUAGAUCUUUCACAGUUAACAGUAGAGGAACUCCAACAUGUCUUACACGUUGUUCAACGAGAUAUGAAUCUGCGGAAGAAAGAAGAUGAACGGCUUGGGGAACUGAAAUGUAAGAUUGAGGAAGAAAGGUUUAAAAGGAAGUUUCUAACAAGGCAAGUGAAAUUUAAUGAAGGCCACUGCAUUCUCUGCCUGGAACCAUUUCAAUUUUUGGUGAAUGGCAAACGUCGAUGUCUGGAUUGUUCUCUCAACACCUGCAAAAGGUGUAGCAAAUACAACAAAAAGGAAUAUGGCUGGGUGUGUGAUUCCUGUUGGAUUGUCAGGUUACAGUCAGGAAGAAAGAAUCCUCCUGGUUUUGCAGUGCAGCUGGACCCUGUGCAUAAAGCCUCAAAUUCAUUCCUUGAGAUAAUUAAGAGGAUUGUGAAGACUGGGUCACUGGACUGGUUUUAUAACCAUGUGAAGUCUCGUUUCAAAAACUUUGGCAGUGCCAAGGUGAUGCACUCCUUGAAUAAAAGGCUUCAAAGUGGAGAAAAAUAUUCCCUACUGUACCUAAAUUCACAAAGUGAAGAAGGUGAAUUUGACGAUGGAUCAGACAGUUAUUUGCAAGGUGGAUACGAUCCACAGAUGAUGGUAGAGGUCAUUGAAGAGGAUGAAGAUACCUUAGAUAACUCAGAAGCUCAGCUCUAUAGUACACAACGUAGAAGCAAACGUCUGCUUUCAGUGCAUCCUUUUGACUUUGAUAUGGACUCGGAAUACUCCUCCCAAUCCCGUCGCCCUUCUCUCCAGGUUCCAUCACCGCAUUAUGAGGAGAAUGACUUCCAGUCAUUUUCAGAGUUUUCUUUUCCUGGCAAUGGUGUAACGGGAGAGGGUUCCAGGAAGGGAUCCUUAAUUGACAACCCAGAGCUUUCCUCCGUAUUUCGGAGCAUCCUGCAGGACAAAAGUCAGAACUUGAUGCCAGAUCAAGUGUUCAGCACAGAAGUCCGAGUGGAAAUUAAUUCAAGAAGGAAAAGCUUGGACAGAUCUUGCAAACCUGAGGAGCUUAUGCAUUGUGAGCAGAGGGUCUCCCACGUUCAGUCCGUUCCUCCAGUUUGGAACUCCAAUGAAGAAACUGAGGUGCAGAAGUGUUUGCCAGAACAGAGGUGCAGGGCCCAGUCCUACACGGACAUGGAGAGUUCUGAUAAUGAUGAGGCUCCUGAACAUCCAACGUAUCGUUACCAUUUUGUACAGCAUCGGAAUAGAGGCACUUCACCGGAGAAUUCUGGCUCUGGUGGAAUUCAGAUUUCAGACCUAUCCAAGCGCAUGUCUUCCAUUGAGCGAAUGCUAAGCAGACUGGAAAAGAAGAUAACCCCCAGCUUUUUAAAGUCACCAGACAACAAAGGAAGGCCUCAUGUGUCGUCUCCAGCUAGGUCUAUGGCUUCUGGACUUGAUUUGAUAGAUGUGGACCUGGAGGAGGAAAAGCUGAAAAAAAAGUUGGAUGAGUUGGCCUGCAAUAUAAGUGACAGAGGCCCUUCGUCUGAAGAUGAACAGAAAAUGAAGACUGAAAUUCCACAAGAAAUGAGCUCAUCUAGUGAAGACCUCCAAAAUAAGACUAUAAAGGUUUCAGAAUUAGAAAAGCGGAUAGCAGCUCUGAGCGCUACUGGGAUGAAUGUCUCAACUGUGGAAAAACCCAGAAGCAAACAGGAUGGACAGGCAAUGAUGAUGCAGACGCCUCCUCAGAGAAAAGGCACAAUUUCAAAUGGAAAAAAGGAAUCAAAAACUUUCAAGAAAGAGUCACGUGAGCGAAACAUACAAUACAAAGGAUCACUUACUCAAAGGAAUCCGAGCAAAAAGAACAGAAGACUGGACCAUGUUUUUGGGAAGCCAGUCAUGUCUAUGCAACCAUAAAGAGAACAGCCAUCAACGUGACGUGCCUACUACUGCAGCUUUCAAAAUUCACAAGUUUCCAGAAUGAGCAUAAAGAUCCUCAUUUUCAGAACAAUCAGCUUGCUAAAUGAUACACCGUACAGAAAAGCUUGUGAGCUGUAUUAUUUCUUUCAUGCAGUGUUGCACACAAUUGAUCUUUUGAGUAAUCGAUAUCUUUUGCAUGAAAUAUAUGCAUGUGCAAUUGACCAUGUUGUGACAGCUUUGAUGCUUAUUAAAAUGUAAAUGUUUUUAAACCUAAAUGUAUUGCAUAUUACACAUUUUCAAAACUACUUUUGUUAUAAUUUUAUAUAUUGGGCAGCUGCUUCCACAGCCCAAUUGCUAAAUACACUGUCCACUGUGUAUCUGAACUAAAAGAAAGAUUAAAGCCUCAGUUCCUGGUCUACAUGAGAUAGUGACCUCAAUUUGCAUGCAUUGAGAUAUAGUUAUACUUUUGCUACCAUUAUCCCUUUUCCAGGGAAAAAUCUUUCACAAUAUUCAAACAGUGAUCCAUGCUAUAAAUUCUGUACACUAUAUUGACCUUAAAUAUAUUGCCUUCAACUUACAGACCAUGGUCCAACUAACAUAAGCUAAAAUUAUAAUUUAAGAUCUAUUUUAUUUUCUUAUUUCUAACAAUGGUUAUAUAUCCCAUUUGAUUUACCUGAAGAUAUUUAGUAAUGUUUGGACACCUUUUGCAAACAAUCAACUCAAGAUUCUUUCCUGAUAAAUUAUCUACAAUAGCCACUAUUAUCUGAGAUGAAACUGCCUUGAAUUUCCUGCGCUUUGCUUAAUAUCUGCCAUAUACUGCCACAUUCGUUUAAUUUAUCUAAAUCAGUCUAUGACCUUUCGCUGAUCAUUUAUUAAACCAUAUAGAAUAAUCUUGAAUUUAAUAAAUCUUCUAUACUAACUACUAAAAAUGUGUUAAAAUUAGCCCUAUACAGUCAGUCCCUUUCAGAAUUUGUGUUACCAAAUGCAUACAACUAUGGACAUUUUACGUUGACAUUGUACCUUACAUUUUUAUCCAAGGUCAAUAAUAUCUUUCCCAAUCAGGACUUGUUCAUCAGACAGUUAAAGUACCUCUGAACCCUAAACUUAUUAGAACAUUCAUUGAAGCAACUGACAGAGCUACAACUGAAUAACUCUCACCAAGCAUCUGAUUCCAGUCUCUUUGUAUUUUUUUAUUGACUCAACCAAGCCCAAAGUGGUUAAGAAUUUUAGAUUUAUGGAAGCUUGUGUGGAACUGAUCUGUGGAACUUUUGUUAUGGAUUCUGUUAUUUUUAGAAAGUUGCACUUUUGCCAUCAACUGAAAACUAUUUAAUUGAAGUUCAGGAAAAGUUUAGAAUUGAGAUGAACAUUAACAGGGAAAUCCAGAACAGGAUUGAGAAACUGCUGAAAUCAUGGAGAAAAUUUCAAUUUUUCUUCAAAAUAAUAAUUCAUCAAGAACAAUUAUAACUAAGGAAUAAACAGAUGACAAAAAUUGUCAUCAAAAAAGUUUCUAUAAAAUUGGUCUUUCUUCUAGAAAUUAUCAAUCCGCAUAAUUAAAGUGAAUAAAUUGGUUUAGCACCGUAACCUUAAACUGACAUACAACAAAAUAGGGUUAAGUCAUUGCAAGUGCUUUAAUAAUGAUAUUGGCCCAUUCCAGAGAAAACUUAGUCUCCAUAAUCUGACAAGUCCAAGAGUUUAUCAGUGUUACUGCUCUGGAGAACUUUGCCAUGCAGAAUUAAGUGCUUUGAUGAUUGUUGAAUAAUCCUAAUGAUUGUCAUUGUAAUCCUGAUGUAUUGAUAUAUUUUGUUUUAUUGUUUGAUAACAUGCACAAUAAAAAUAUUCCCAAUUAUGCACCAUAUUGUUAUUUUAGAUAUUAAACAAAAAUAUAGUAAAGGUCAGAAUCAGUGGUUAUUGUGUGUACAAUUAAUUCAUCUGCUACUUGUCUUAUUUUAUACAUUUUUUUAAUUUAUUGAGAUACAGCGUGUAAUCCUAGCCUGAUCACAGGACAAUUUCCAUGUU